UCUCCGCGCGGGGGGGGGGGAGUCUCCUGGGCUUCGGUGCUGGCGGCAGGGCCUUCGCCCCCCUGCGGAGCCCGGGCACCACCGCCGCCACCGAGAGCGGGGUCGCUCCUCCUCGGCGGAGGCAGCCGCCGACACGGGCCUCGGUGCCUCUCCGAGCGCGCUCCACCUCGCUCCCUCCGAGCGCACCCUGCCGCCUACGCCCCGUCGCGUCGAGUCGCCGCCCCCUGGGGCCCGGAGAGCGGCCCGGGCGAUCUCCGCGGGGCUCCGCUGCUCGCCGGGGCCGCCGCCACCGGCGGGCGGCGGGAGAGAGGAGGAGGAGGAGGAAGAGGACUGUUUUUUCCAGUGCUCCGCGCACGCCCAGGCUCCUGAUCGCGGGGCCGCGCGGGACUGGACGCGCGGGUUUGAGCCAAAGAUGCUCGACAACGUUCUCCACCAUGAUGAAGUUGCCAGUGCACCGACCGAAGGUGUCCAAGGAGCUUUUUUUUUGUUGGUCUGCGGGUCGAGAGCGAGCCUCUUCCAGUUAAGAGCUGGGCGGGCCGCGCAAAAAACACUGACUGGGG